CCACAGGCCAAGAGGGGAGGGGCCUCCGCCCUCCCUUUAAAGCCUGAUGAGGUGGGGAGAUUGACGGAGACUGAGACUGGUUGAAGAGAGAAGCCAUCCCAGGAAAGGGGCAGAAAAGCGUCAGAAAGUUAAUGCGGGAGACGGAGAGAGGGGCAUCGACUCAGCAGGCAGCGGGGGCGGUCCGCCACCUGCGCACUCCAAGGCGGUCGCGGUGGUCGCGGAAGGGACGGCGCCCAGACGCUGGCUUCCCAUGGAGGCGCCCGAGCUGGGCCCGGGGUUGGUGGAGCGUCUGGAGCAGCUGGCGACGUGCCCGCUGUGCGGGGGCCCCUUCGAGGACCCAGUGCUCCUGGCGUGCGAGCACAGCUUCUGCCGCGCGUGCCUGGCCCGCCGCUGGGGGACCCCGCCGGCGACAGGCACCGAGACGUCCCCCACCGCCUGCCCCUGCUGCGGCCUCCCGUGUCCCCGCCGCAGCCUGAGGUCUAAUGUGCGGCUGGCUGUGGAGGUGCGGAUCAGCCGCGGGCUGCGGGAGAAGCUGGCCGAGCCCGGGGCCCGCGCAGGGAGACGCCGAGGGGGCCGCAUCCCCACCAUGGGCAGCUUGGACCCGCACGGAGAGGAUAUGAGGAAGACAUGGAGAAGAGAGGAUAUCCCAACACCCAAGUCGUCUAAUUCAGAGGACGAGCUCCCUGAAGACUACCCAGUGGUCAAAAACAUGCUUCACAGACUGACAGCUGACCUAACCCUGGACCCUGGCACUGCACACCACCGCCUGCUAAUCUCUGCCGACUGCCGCAGCGUCCGACUGGCCCCACCAGGAACACCUGCACCCCUUGACAGCCCAGCGCGCUUCGAUCAGCUGCCAGCGGUGCUGGGUGCGCAGGGAUUUGCGGCUGGCCGCCACUGCUGGGAGGUGGAGACCGUGGACGCUGCUUCCUGCGGAGGCUCUUCUGGGGAGGAUGAGGACGACGAGGAGAGUCGCUAUGCCUUGGGCGCGGCAGGAGAGUCAGUGCGACGCAAGGGCCGUGUAGGGCUGUGCCCCGCCGGCGCCGUGUGGGCUGUGGAGGGCCGGGGCGGCCGCCUGUGGGCACUCACGGCACCAGAGCCCACCCUGCUGGGCGGCGCUCGGCCGCCACCCCGGCGGAUUCGGGUGGACUUGGACUGGGAGCGGGGCCGUGUGGCCUUCUAUGAUGGCCGCUCGCUCGACCUGCUCUUUGCCUUCCAGGCGCCUGGCCCCCUGGGGGAGCGCAUUUUCCCGCUGCUCUGCACCCGAGACCCCCGUGCCCUACUGCGCAUCGUGCCAGCCGAAGACUGAGAACCUCACCCACAACCUCGUUCUAGUUUGGCCCACAGGAAGCUGCUUCCUCUUGGGCUUAGAAAUCCCUACUCACUCCAGGGAUUGUGUCCACAUGCCCGCAGCCAGUGUUAAUAAACACCCCCACCUACCUACAUUGUCUCUUUUCUCCCAAAUACUAAGACCUCAACUGGCCUCCAGUUCUCACAUCCACUCCCAAAGCCGAAUCCAUUCCAGCCCCCGCCCUCUUGGAACGCUUCUCCCCCACAGCUCCCCCAGUGGUCACUCCCCUUCUAGCUCACACCGUUCCAGACCUUAGCUGGAAACACACCUGCCCCAUCAGAACUGGUAAAGGGCCCGUGUUUACCACAGAGAGUCCCUGCUAGUCAAAUAUUUACUUCCCACGCCUGCCUCUCCUCGUCUCAUAGGGCCCAGCGCCUUCCCUACAGUUCUAAGGCUUGGGCUUUCCUGCCCUGUCCACGCUCAGGUUUCUCAAAAGAAACAAGACUCUCCUUCCAAAAAACAAGAGGCUUGACUCUGCUUGGGCCUUAGGGCUCUCUAGCGAGGUUAAUAAUGUGGUUUUUUGUUUGUUUGUUUGUUUGUUUUGGGGGGGAUCCUACCCCACCAAGACUUCUAUGUCCAUAGUUUUUUCCCAUUGAGAACUGUCUUUAAACUCCCCCUGCACAUACUCACUGUAAGGAACCAAUGGUGCUACCUCUCCUUUCCGCAACUUGGGAGUGGCUCAGACACCCCAAUUCAUCCUUGUAUAUAGCCCUCACAUCUUUCCCCAUGUGUAUAAAUGGGCCCGUAUUUAACACGUUUUGUGAUGUUGGGUUAUUUAUUUUGUGCAUCUGUGGCAAUAAAUGAGAUCUCCAUGGUGGUAUGGAUUUGACCAAUCUCUGCAACUGUGCAUGGCAAGAGACCUGGGAAGUGAUAUUCAGAUCCCAGUAAGGGGCGGGGAGGGCCAAGAGAGUUGGACAUUUGAACUGGCC